AUGGAAGGUAGUAAGAUUAAAAAACGGAAAUAUUCAAGAUUGGGCUGUGCAGAAUGUAAAAGAAGGAAAAUAAAAUGUGAUGAAUUGAAACCAAGUUGUUUUAAUUGUUCAAGGUUACAAAAAAUAUGUCAAUAUCCAAGUUCAACUCAAUCUAAUUUUAAAUUUGAAGUACCUAAGCAGCUGAAAAAAGUGAGCAGACACACUUCUGAAAAUAAAAGUGAUGAUUCUGAGUCAGUAUCAUAUAAUAAUCGAACGUUCGAGGAACAUAAUAAUAAUCAAUACACACAUAAUAUUCCACAACCUCAAAUACUACCGAAUUCACCUUCUUUAAAUCAUAGACUACUACCUCCUCAACAACAGCAACCUCAAUUAUCCUAUAGAUUUUACCAGGAAAACAAUAGUAAUAUAAGAACUCCACCUUCAUUACCUUCAUUAAAUGAACCAUCAUCAACUACGUCAAGAGUGAACAUUCUAGAUCUAGGUGCUAAUAGGAAUGACAAAAGUGGAGAUAGCGUUGCAAACAAUGGUUUACCACAGCACUUACCAAUACAAACUCAACCAGGGCUCCAAGCUCACUCAUCACAUGUUCAAUUGGAUAUACAAACGCCAACUUCUUCUUUCAACACUUUAAAUCAGCCAAGUCAUAAUCAAUCUCAAUCUAUUCCAAACCCUAUAUUACCUCAUAUUCAACAACCAUCACAACAUCUACCGCAUCAACAAAGUGAAUGUAAGAAAUAUAAAAUAUCAGACAUAUUAUCACCUGAUAUCGACUUUUUGAAUGAUCAAAAUUGGGGUAGUAUUGCACCAGAUGACGUAAGAAAUCUUUUUGAUGAUGCUAGUUUAUUGGUUCAUGAUUCUUUAGAAAUGUUUGGGAUCGAUCAAUAUAAUUUUAUGAAUCAAGGGAUUAGGAACGACCAAAUAACGAAUAAUCAUUCAACUCUGAUAAAUGAAAUCAAUGAUCAAAGUUAUACUACGAAUGGUGAUACUAAAAUUAGAAAUGAUUCAUAUCCUUUAAGUAUACCAAGUUCAGAUGAAACUUCUUUAUUUCCUGAUUUUCCAAUUGAAGAAUUUAGUAGUCGAUUAUUUGUUAAAUCAAAUCCAAUUGUGAUAGAACCUGUGAAAAGUAACAAGGAACUUAUAGAUACUACAUUAAAAAAUUUUGAUUUAAGUGGUCCACAUGAAAAUUAUUUAAAUAAAUUGACAAAUUCUGAAUUAAGUUUUCAUAUGUUUCCAUUUGCUUCAACUAUAGAGGAUAAUUCGGUAAAUAAAAUAUUAUUGAAAUAUCUGCAAGGUUGUUCAUAUUUAUUAACUUCAUUACUUUCAAGUUCUGCGACUUUUCAGUUCAUUCAAACUAGAAAGUCUAUUCAUGAACAAAAUAGAACAAAAUAUAAUUCAAUUUGUUUAAAAUUAUUAAGUGAAGCAUUUCCACAAGUAAACAGUGAAGAAGAAGAUCAAAAAAUCAUGGCUAAUGAUAUUGAAAAAUUAUUACUUACAAUAUUGGUUUUGACUUCAAAUUUUACUGCAACUGCUUAUUUUCAAACAGAUAUUGGAGAUAAUCAUGAUACAAAAAAACAUGAUAAAACAGAACCAAAACCUAGUAAAUUAUUGUCAUGGAAAACUCAUUUACGUGGAGUUAAAGAUUUAUUAUUAAAAUACACAAAUUUAACUUGUAAUAAAUUAAAACGUACUUACAUAUCGGAUGGAUUAGCAUUGGCAAAAACUUGGUAUUUUGCUAUUGAAGCUUUAGCUGAAUUGAAUGAUCCACUAGGUGGUACAUUAAAAUAUACAAAGAAGAAUAUAUCUCAUGAAUGUGGUUUAAUUAAGACAGAUGCAGAAUUAGAUUAUUCUCUAAUGAGUAAACUUUGGUUACAAACAGGAUAUUUUAGUGAGGAUCGAAAUAAAGACUAUCAUGAUGCUUUGAUUCGAAUAAAUUUAUUAACUUUACCAAAUUCAAAUUCAAUUCAAUUCAAUUUAUACAAUGGUUAUAGUAUUCAUUUUGUUAAAUUAAUUGAUGAAUUCAGUAAGUGUUUGGAUUUAUUACGUGAUCAUAAUAAUGCACAAGUAAGUGGUCAAAGAAUUAGUAGAAUUAUGAGUUUAAUUGAUAAAGGUCGAGAGAAUUGUAUUGCUCCAUUGGUGAACAAAGAAACUUUUAUUAUCCCACGCGAAUCACCUGGACAUCCAAAUUAUCAAAAAUUUGAUAAAGUCGUUUUACCGAAAUCAUGUUAUGGUGAAGAAAUUAUUCUAUCAGGAGAUAAUGAAGAAAGUAUUUAUUAUUCUUGGUUUGAUUGGUGUGAACAGAUGCAUGUAGAUUCAUUAUAUUUAAAAUUAUUAACAACUAAAGGUUUAUUAAAAUUACCUUCACAUCAUGCAUUAAUAAAAGAACUUAAAAUUAAAAUUUUAAAUUCAAUGUUUUUCAUAAAACCAAUCACUUCAAACAAUCAAUUAAAUCAUCAUCAUCAUAAAGAUAAAUUUUAUGAAAUUCAUGAUGAUAUAUUUGUUAAAUCAGAAAAUUUUUAUAUAUCUAAAAAAUUAUUUGAUUUAAGAGUAGUUAUGGUUCAAAGUGUAUUUAGACAAUGUGCUAAACUUUCAUUAAAUGAUGAAGAAUUUGAAAAAUUAGAAUUAUUAUUUAGAGGUAUGAUAAAAUUAGGUAAUGGAUCAUCAUUAAUUGCAUUAGAUCAAAUUAGAAGAUUAAGAAAUAAAACUUUAUUUAGAAUUAAAAAGGAAAAUCAUGCUGAUAAUUGUAAUCAUGUUAAUGAACGUAAGAAUAGUAAUGGAUCAAGUAAAAAUGGAGAUGCUAAAGAGAAUGGUUCUGUUGAUCAACAAAGUAGGAUUGAAGAAGAAGAUGAGGAGGAAGACCUAGAUGAUGAUGAAGAAGAUGAGGAUAGGAAUUUCUUGGAUAUAAUACCAUUUUCAUAA